GAGAAUCGGCCCCCCAGACAAAAUGUGACCCCUCCCGACACCUUUGAGGAUGCAGGUGAGCUGGCUGGCAGUGGCACCUACGUUAGGUUUGAUGUCCCUCAACCUGAAAUCAAAAGGAGUUGGCCCAGCUUCAGAGACAUGAUGCUCCACCGCUACGUCGUCUCCCGCGUGAUCUGGACCUACAUGGCGUCCAUCGCCGUGACUUACUUCAUCACCCUGUGCCUCUUUCCUGGGCUGGAAUCGGAGAUCCGGAACUGCACGCUGGGCGAAUGGCUCCCCAUCCUCAUCAUGGCCGUCUUCAACCUGUCCGAUUUCGUGGGCAAGAUUCUGGCUGCGCUGCCUUACGACUGGAGGGGAGUCCACCUCCUCCUCUGCUCCUGCCUGCGAGUGGUCUUCAUCCCUCUGUUUAUCCUGUGCGUCUACCCCAACGGGAGCCCCACGUUUAGCCACCCGGCCUGGCCCUGCGUCUUCUCCCUCCUGAUGGGCAUCACCAAUGGCUACUUCGGCAGCGUCCCCAUGAUCCUGGCAGCCGGGAAAGUGAACCCGGAGCAGCGGGAAUUGGCAGGUUAG